GGAGGGAAGGAGAGAGAGAGGGAGGGACAGGGAGAGAGGGAGAGAGACCUACUUUUAAAAAGUCGAGGAACGAGAGCAACGACGCAAACAGUGGAGUGGAGUGAAAGGGGCCUCCGCCAUGUCAUCCAUCCUGAAAGAGACGGCCCUCCUGGAGGACACCAACAACGAGAGCUUCUGGAUGCCGGGUAACUACCAGCGCACGGUGAAGCGGACCCAGGGCUCCUUCCAGGUGUGCAACGAGCUGGUGGCCUGCUUCCAGGAGCGGGCGCGGGUGGAGCGGCAGUACGCGCAGCACCUGAGCGACUGGAGCAGCAAGUGGAAGCCCCUGGUGGAGAACAGCCCGCUGUACGGGUCCCUGCUCCAGGCCUGGCAGUGUUUCCUCACCUCGGCCGACCGCCUCUCCGAGCUGCACUCCACCAUCUGCAAGUCUCUGGUGUCGGAGGACGGCGAUCGGGUGAAGACCUGGCAGAAGGAGACCUUCCACAAGAAGAUGUUCUGCGGCUUCCGCGAGUCGCAGGACCUGGAGUCGGGCUUCUCGAGAGCUCAGAAGCCCUGGGCCAAGAGGCUGAAAAAGCUGGAGAAGGCCCGGGGGAACUUCCACAAGGCGGCCCGCAAGGAGCAGGCGGCUCGGGACCGGGAGGCGCACGCCCAGGGGAACCCCGAUAUCGCCAUCGAGAAGCAGAGGAAGAUACAAGAGCAGAGGGAAGAGACUGAGGAGGAGACAAAGAAGAUGCGCCUGCGCUACGAGAAGGUGCUGGAGGAAGUGUCGCGGUACGCCCCCCGCUACAUGGAGGAAAUGGAGUGCAUCUUCGACCAAUCGCAAGAGGAGGAGAGGAAGAGGAUCAGCUUCCUGAAGCAAGCCUUCCUGUCCAUACACAGACACCUGGACAUCACCAACAACGACAGUGUGAAGGCCGUGUACAGCGAGCUCCACCACGUCAUCAUGUCCAUAAACGAGCAGGAGGACCUGCGCUGGUGGAGGAACCACCGCGGACCGGGCAUGCCCACCGACUGGCCCCAGUUCCAGGACUACGCUCCCGUAGAGAAACCGAAGAAGGAGAAGAGGCCGAUGGAGGUGAAAGAGCCACUUGAGAGAAACGUGAUGAUUGGAGGAGUGAAAGUUAGAGCUCUGUAUGACUACGUGGGACAGGAACCGGACGAGCUCUCCUUUAAAGCAGGCGAGACGUUCCUGAAGAUUGAAGAUGAGGACGACCAGGGCUGGUGUCGGGGGAUCAAGGAUGAUGGGAAGGAAGGCUUGUACCCGGCUAAUUACAUAGAAGUUGUGCUGUAACUCAAACUCGCCACUAGGGGGGGGGAUACUAAGCGAUUAAACCCGUGGGGCCUGGAGUCUCAGCAGUGGUUUUUUUUUUUUCCCCCCCGAGCUUCGCUCUGUUUACCUGAACACACUGCAGCGCCUUUAUUUCUUCAGUUGGAUUUUUGCGGGUCGGUUUGGAAGAUUUUGCAUGUCUGCCCUUGCGUUGGUCUGCGUGUGUCUCCAUUGGAGGUUUCAUUUAAAUGAGAUUUACCCACAUGCAAAAACAGUCAGUUAAUGUCACUUUAAAAAAGAGGACAUUUUUGUAUUAAUUGAGAAAAAAA